GGUAGUGAAUCUCUUGGUGUUGUUUCUCUAUAUAACUUCGCGGCCCGAGGUGAUUUCUCAACAAUCUCCAUGCGGCGGUCCUUACACUGACCUAAAAUUAGACUUGUCUUCUUGUUACUUUGAUGUGUUUCCUCCUGAACAGCUGCCUCGUAACCUACAAAUUUUAGAACUGGGAGGCAGCGAAAUUGGAUUAGUCAGCGAUAAUGCUCUCAAUGAUCUUACCUCGUUAGUUGUAUUAGGCUUAACUAAUAUCGGCCUCACCUCCAUCAACAGAAAAUUGUUUAAGGGCUUGAGAAGUCUUAAAGUGUUAGGUUUAAGCAGAAAUCGAAUCAGCUAUAUUGAAAAUAACUCAUUUGAAGAUUUGAUAUCUCUAGAAGAAUUGUAUCUAAACAAUAACUUUAUUACUUCCGUUGGAAUCUCCACUUUUUCCAAACUGAGAGCUUUAAAAAUAUUAACUGUAGGUAACAACAAGCUCACUUCAUUGGGAAGUAACCUAUUCAAAAAUCUUGCUAAUCUUAUUAAUCUAUAUCUUGCGAAUAACUCAAUUAAAGAGAUUGAAGCCACAGCUUUUCUUAAUUUGAAGUCUUUAACUACUUUAGAGUUGGGCAAUAACAAGCUUAAGUCAGUAAAGCAAGACUUUUUUACGGGGUUCCCCUCCCUGAAAGAGUUAUAUUUAUAUAAUAACCAAUUAACUACUAUGCUAUUCUGCUCAAGUUUUUGUCUUCCAGAGCUAGCUUCAUUAGUUUUAGGCGGUAAUAAGCUCUCUUCAAUAGAUGGCAAGUUUUUCAAAGAUCGUAAAAAUUUAAUUCAUUUAUAUCUGCAUGACAAUCCUCUUCGUGUAAUUAAAAAAAAUGUAUUCAAAAGUCUUACUGUGCUGGAGAGUUUAUAUCUUUACAAUUGCUCUAUUACAUCAAUAGCCGACGGGGCAUUCUCUAGACUUUCAGCUUUAAAACUUUUGAAUUUGCAUACUAACGAACUGACUGAAAUUCAUAAAGAAACCUUCACUGGGCUUCAUGUAUUAGAAAUAAUUCUUAAUAACAAUAAAAUUAAGUCUAUUCCAGCCAAUACCUUUUCCAUGUUAACCGAACUAAGCUCUUUGCAUCUUAUUAAUAAUUCCAUUACUGAAAUUGGCUUGAACGCUUUUGCGAGCUCCUUUAAUUAUAGCAACUUGUUCAUAAACCUUGAUAAAACUUUCCUUUGUUGCUCAAGAAUUUUAAACAACUUUCUUGAAUUUUCCGAUCCUUUAUGCACCCACAACGGGGGAUUUGAAAAAAUCUCUACGUUUUCCUUUAGAAGUUGUUACGGCUCGCUUCCAGCGAAUGGCAGUAUUGCCGAAUCCAGAGCUAAGAAUAUUAACAGAAGACCUGUUACUAGUAAUAAUGAUGAACACUUGUUGAAAAAUAUUACUUAUGAAAGUGCAUGGAAACUUGCAUUUUUCAUAGCCGGUCCUACAGCUGUACUAGCCAUAACUAUUGUGCUUGCAGUAAAUAGUUAUAAUAAGCGAAUGCAAAGAAAAAAGGGUGUCGGUUUUGAUAAACAGGAAAAACACUCAAACAUAUUAUUAAACCCACUUUUUAAGUCAGCAGGCACUGACAACAUAAAUUUUUCUGCUGUAUAAAUUUUUUUUUUGUUCUCAAACAACUGAAUUGCCAAAUAUAAAUAAAAAUAAUUUCAAUUA